GCCUAUGCGGUUAGGCGUACUUAUUAAACUAUAGAAACCCAAAAAUAGUGUUUAAAAAUAAUUGCCUCUGUCACCGGUGAAGGGACACGAGCCUAUAAAAGCACCUGAAUCGCCUUCACAAUUGCCACAGCCCCGCAGCAGCGCCGUUAAUGAAAACUCCGCGACGGAUGAUCCCUUUUCCGCUCUCUAAACCAGACUAAUCCUUAUCAAAGGACCUGUUUGAUUUACCGCAAUGGCUAGUUAAAGAAGACAGGGUUGGAAAGAUAGAUUGGAGGGGUGGGCGGCGAGAGUGUGUGUGUGUGUGUGUGUGUGAGAGAGAGAGAGAGAGAGAGUGAGAGUGAGAGUGAGGGCGCGCAUGUCCAAUCCUUCCAUGCAGGCUGUAGACGCUCCUCACCACUGGCGAGUUGUUCUCUCUGUCUUUUCCUUCUCGCGCUCUCUUCCACCCAUCUUGCAUGUGCUCGGUUUAGUGUUUACCGAACCGGACAGAGCUCUCUCCAGCAGCAGCGGACACUGUGGGGGAACAAGACCACUAUGGAUUGCUAAAACUCGGGCUUAUUUUUCUCUUUUCCCACCUUGUCUCUCGCCUUGUUUCCUACUCCUACAUGUCUCUCCACUGUUUUUAAGGGACGGAAAAUGAGGAUUAUUUACCCGCACUUUCUCGGGGUGUUUUCCGCCCUAUGGGGGCUGGCGACUGGGGCUUUCCCCAGCAGUGUUCAAAUAGGUGGUCUAUUUAUCAGGAACACAGAUCAGGAGUACACAGCAUUUCGACUGGCUAUCUUCCUGCACAACACCAGCCCCAAUGCCACGGAGGCUCCAUUCAACCUGGUACCCCAUGUCGACAACAUCGAGACAUCUAACAGCUUCGCCGUCACAAAUGCCU